CGGCCGGUGUAACUCCUUAUUCCUUACUCAUACUCCACUCCACACCCAGCCAUGUGAACAGUUAUCCUCUAUCCCUAGUUCAGAACACCACCCGGAGAAACUUUUACAACAUUUUGAACCUUCAUUCUUUUCUCCGGGUCAAACUUUAGUACCGGCGUGUUAUAAAAUGCUAUUGGAUCCUGGCUGACUUGAAACCAAGAUGGAGAUUAAGGUUGAGCAGUCGAGUUCUGUGAGAAUGCUUGUGACUAAACAACAUGAACUCAUCCUACCCAUCUCCAGGGGAUUAUCAAACCUACAGAGGCAGGGAGUCAUUUUCAGUGAGGUUUCAACACCCUCAGGAGUUAAACUUGUCCAGCUCAUGCUGAACCAGGAGAAGGGAGUGUUCAGGGAGGGUAUCAAAGCUGAACACAUAAUGAAACCUGAUCCUGAACUUGCUCCUGACGUUUGCACAAUUUGUGGGGAGACUUUUUCAAAAAAGGUUGCAUUUAAUGCUCAUAUAAAGGUUCAUUUAAAAGAGAAGUUGAAACGACGAGCUAAACUUCAGGAGCAAACCUCUCUUAGCUCCGAGUCCAGAACUCAACCAAACCUUGGUUGGUCAGCUUUAAACUCUAAAAGAAAACUGGAGAAAACUGAAGAUUACCAGACAACCUUAAGACGGAUCAAGAUUGAGCCCGGGCUUUCUAUUAAACUGGAACCCAUGUCUGAACCCGAAGUAAGUUCUACCCAACUGAACCCUGCCGGACACCGAAAUCCAACUCCUGAUAUGUCGGAUUUAGAGGAUAAUUUUGUCUCUAGUGAAUUCUCGAAGGAAAUGGAAAUAAACCGAGUAGAUUUAAAUAACGAGCUCUCAUCUAUCCUGGAUCAAAUAGAGAAGGAUUUUGAGGCUCCAAACCUAGAUAUGUCUGAUGCACACCUAGAGACACCGCCAGAUUCAGAUUCAGAAGCUUCAGAAUAUCUUUCUUCCAUUCUCACAGAUCAGAGCAGUUCUUCUCCCUUUACGGAGUCCUACGAGGGCUCCGAGGCCGGAACUCCCAGCUCCAGAACCUUCUCCAACUCCCUGGAGGACACAAACGAGAUCUCGUUCGAGAAACUUCUAGACGUUGACAGUUUAAACCUAGAGCAGGGCGGAACCCAGGCUCAGGAUCAUGAUUAUCUUGUCACCAGUCCUAAUCUAGGUUCACUUUCUGUUGAGUCUCUUCUCUCCUCUCCCUCCCAACCUUCUGACAGACAGAUAAAGGGAUCUAACCUUUCUGUUCGUCCCUUGGGACUCAUUAACAAUAUCCCUGCUAGAAUCUUAAUACAUCGCUCUCAGACUGACUCUAAGAUCAUCAACAUUUUUGGAAUGAAUAGUGUUUCUCAACCUUCUCCGUCCUACUCACAGGACUCAGAGGACACAACGGAGGACGGAGAAGGAGAGAAGGAAAAGAUUAGAGGACGACAGAGUGCAGAGUGUGGGGUAUGUGGGAAGACGAUUACCACCAAAAACAUGGCCCGACAUAUGGAGAAACAUACGGGAAAGAAAAAGUUUCAAUGUGAUGUUUGCCAGGCAGCAUUUUUUCAGAAAACUCAUUUGAAGAAUCACGUCCUUCUCCACGAGUCCAGCGAGUACUAUGAGUGUACAGAGUGCGGACAAAAGUUUCUCCGAAGAACUGAUUUUCAGAAACAUUUAAAGCUGAUUCAUUCAAUAGAAACUCCGCUAUCUUGCUCUGUAUGUGGAGCACAGUUUAAUGAGAUACAGAAAUUAGAAAUACACAAACAAUCCCACACUGGAGAAAGAAAGGAACUAUGCGGACUUUGUGGCGAAAAAUUGGCAAACAGAUCUGCAAUGAUUUCUCACAUGCAGCAGCACACUUCACCAGUUGUGGACAAACCAUUUUCUUGCAGCGUCUGCCACAAAACUUUCUCACAGAAGAGUCACCUAAACCGACACAUAAAGAGCCAUGGUGGAGAACAAGAUCUGGUUUGUUUGGUGUGCAGCAAGCAGUGUAAGAACAAGGUUGAGUUGGUGAGACAUAGAUCCAGUCAUAUGGCCUGCAGUAUCUGUAAGACCUUGUUUGACACCAAGGUUCAACUCCAACAACAUGUACUCCGGGCUCACCCAGCCCAACCCACCAUCAACUAUAUGUCACCAGGUUCUACCAUGGACCUGGAUAUGUUCGACGGCGACUCUGAAUGUUCAUCGCCCCUGUCCCGGUCCCCUGUUGAUAUAUUGAGCACACACAUAGACUCUAGUCCCUGUCCGUCCUCUGUAGACUCCUCCCAUCUUGAUAUUUUGGAAUCUGGGUUCCCGCAUUUUUUGACAGAUUUCAGCUCCGACGAACCCUGUUUGGAGAAUCAGGGUCGGAGUAAAAACAAUUUAUCUCUUGAUGAUAUAUCAGAUUCAAGCUUUUUCGACAUUAAUCAACAUUUGGACGAGGAUCUGCUCUCAACAGAUAUAUUUUCAGUCGGCAAGUAGAUUUGUUCCACUCUUUAGACCCUAAAGUGUAGUUAGUUAAUUGUAUGGAAGCCAAAGCACAGUUUACACUUUUUGUAGACCUUCCCGCAGCUUUUUUAUGUUCUAUGGAGCUAGAAGAAGGUUGUAGAUGUUUUAUGGAGCUAUCAGUUGUUUUAAUGGAGCCUGAAGAAGCUUUUAGAUUGUCUAUUGAGCUUUCGCCCCUUUUCUGGAGCCUAAAGAAGCUGUUCUAUGGAGCUUUCAGUCGUUUAAUGGAGCCUGACGAAGCUUUUAACUGUACUAUGGAGCUUUUAGAAAGAGCUUAAACAGAUGCUUUGAAAAGAAUUAAACACGAAGCAUAAACUGAACCAGACUACACUGCAGGAGAUAUUGUUGCAAACUCCAAUUUGUGCAAAAACUGUGAGAAUUUAAAUUUGCAAUUUCGAAACUUUAAUUGCUUUGCACUUAGACGCCCUGGCCAGUGUUAACUAUUUGUUUUGCAUUACUUUACUCAAUUAUUCAUUUUGUUAAAAUGCAAUCUUAUGCAUUUUGAUCUUUUUUACUUAGUGUGUUUUAAUAUGACCUUCUUAUAGCUAAUAUAGAAAAUAGUUUUUUAAAUUAUCACAUUUAAAUAUUUAAUUUUUCUUUUUUACUCCUAAAGGAAAUUGAAAUUAUAUUUUACUGGAUUUUAUUCAUUGACACUAUAUACAGUUAGACCUACUAGUAACAUAUUUAAUAUAUACUUUAGUUUAUAAUAUUUUUAGCUUUUUCAAAUGUUUCAUGAAAACCCUAAACAAGAUUUGAAAAUUAACAUUUCGUUGUUUUUAUUAUUUCUACGUUAAAAUCCAUUAUUUUUCAGAAAGAAACAUUUUUUCAUUUUUAUACAAGAGAAAUAAAGUUUUGUGCAUUUAAAACGAAAUCAAAUGUAAUAUUGGCAAAAAUUAAAGAAUUCCUAAUAGGGACGCAUGCCCCAUCACCCCCCCCCCCUCUCGCUCCAUGAACAUUUAUAUUUUUGUAAAUAGUCCUGAUGAUUCAUCUAAUAAUAUAAAUCUAAUCUUUGAAA